AUGUCGAGUACAAAUCCACCUAAAGCAAGAAGAAUCGCAGUACUUGGAGCUCGUGCUGUUGGCAAAUCAUCGUUGGUCAUCCAGUUUUGCGAGAAUCAUUUUGUAGAUAGCUAUUAUCCCACCAUUGAAAACACUUUCACAAAGACUAUCAAAUACAGAGGAAAUGAGUAUAGUGUGGAAAUCAUGGAUACAGCUGGCCAGGAUGAAUACUCUAUUUUAUCAUCUCAUCAUGCAUCUAGCAUGAAUGGAUACGUUCUUGUGUAUUCCAUUUCCUCAAGAUCCAGCUUCGAUAUGGUCAAGAUUAUCCGCGACAAGAUUUUGGAUUUCACAGGAUUAGAAAGUGUGCCUUGUGUGAUUGUGGGCAACAAGUCUGAUUUGAACAUUCAGAGACAAGUUACUUUGGAGGAGGGUAAAGAGCUGGGCCAACAAUGGCAAUGUCCCACCAUUGAGACUUCAGCCAAGCACGAUGAAAAUGUCUCUAAAAUAUUUGAUUUGCUUAUCGCUCAAAUUGAAAAUGCUAAUAAACCCCCCACAGAAGAAAAAGGCGGAUGCACUAUUUCGUAA